AUGGAAGUUAUUUAAACAGGUAAAUCUAUUGAAAAGUCGUCUAUCUCAAUUUCCUCUCAAGAAUCACAAGGAUCAACAGUAGAAGAUGUUGACAUACAAAAGUAUUUAAAAAAUCCAAAUGAUUUAUAAUUCAGUUAUGAAUCUGUUCAUAAAGAGAUUUAUAAAGGAGCCUUUUCAAAAAAAUAAUUAGAGGAGAAACUUGAUUAAUUUAAAGUUGCAUUAGGUGAAAAAUCAUAUAAUCAUUAAACCUAAAAAAUGAGUGGAAGGGCAGCACUUUUGUUAAUAAUGAAAAGAACUGGAGACGAAGAUAGAAAUAUCUUAUAGGUUAAAUAAUUACUUGAUUUCAUUGUAAGCAAACCUAAAUAGUAGAAUAUUGAUGAAUUAAAAUCAUAAUUAAUAGAGGAUAUUGAAAAUAGAUUUGCUAAAUUUAAAAUAUGA